AGUGCGCUUGAAAAAAGAAAUCUAGAUUUUCAAGUUUCCAGGCCCAAUCAACAAGACGUUUGUUGAGAGGUCAUCGAAUGCCAAUGUGGAGUACUUCUUUUUUAUACUUUACCAUUCUAAUUUGUUUAUACGUUCUCUGUUCAAUGAAUGUGCUAUGAUAAGGUCCAACUGAUCCGUCUUUCAGAUGUCAAUCCAUGCCCUCUUCCUUGUGCAUCAAAGCUCCCAAGAGCGAUUUCGUCGAUGGAUCUGAAACAAAGACUCUUGUCGAUGUUCUCUGUCCUCAAGCAGCAGUAGCUCUCAAGGGUGUGCUCGAGAGUUCAACUUUGCCCUAAGACAGACGUCUUUUCAAGUCAAGGAAAAAUCACACUAUGACCGGCUCAGUUCAAUCAUCAAAAGAUAAAUUCAGUCGUUAUGAUGUGGCCAAUGUGGGGACAUCGCACGCCAGUCAAGUCAAGGAAUUGACCCAAGACUCAUCGAAAACUGCGCAAGGGGCUCCUCAAGGGCCCAAAGCAACUCCAAGAUCCAGACAAGCCUAUUUGAACGGAGGAUUCGACGGUGAUAUGUCGAUUGAAAAGCGAUCUGGAUCAUAUUCAAUGGCUCCCAAGGGCAAAGAGCCAGGCCAUUGUGAACUCUUUGGGUUGCCACUACCUUGCUUAAAUCGGUUUUUGACGGCCAAAUGGCUCUUGGCCUGCCUUUGUUGCUCGGCCGUGGUUCAAGGCAUGAUUUUCACCAAUGUGGUGAUCUCGUCCAUCGAGCGAAGGUUUGGCCUUCAGUCCACUCAGAGUGGCAUUAUCGCUGGGUCAUAUGACUUCGGCUCGCUCUUGGCUGUGAUACCAGUGACCUAUUUUGGAGGACGACCGGGGGCCUCCAAACCCCAUUACAUCGCCUGCGGAAUGGUGGUCAUGGGCACGGGUUCCCUUCUGUUUGCCUCGCCUCAUUUUGUCACCGGAAGGUACCUGAAUAUCGUGGACGACAUGGUGGGCAAUACACUGACAAAUGUAUCUCGGAAGGACAAUCCCAUGGGUCUGUGCGUUCUGGGACCGAAGAAUCAGACCUGUUCCGAGCAUGAAAAGAGGAGCGCCCAAGAUUUAUCAGACUAUCAGUACGUCUUUAUCUGGGCUCAGAUCCUUCACGGUGUUGGAGCAGCUGCUUUGGUCACCCUGGGCACUACCUUACUUGACGAAAGUGUCACCAAAAAGAGCGCCCCCAUGUACAUUGGUAUUUUCGAAGCUUCGUUCGUUUUAGGGCCGGCUUUGGGAUACGUUGUGGGCGGCCGUUUGCUCAACAUUUUUACCGAGUUCUACCUACUUCAAGAUUACCUCGAACCUGGAGAGAAACCCGGAGACUACUUGAGCCUCGAUUCCCCCAAAUGGAUUGGAGCUUGGUGGCUGGGCUUCCUCAUUAUCUUGGUUUUGAGCUACGCUUGCGCCUUGCUCUUGUUCCUUUUUCCAGCUGUAAUUCCACAACCAAAGGAAGAGAACGAGAAUGAAAAAGGGGUUGGGCAUGUGAUCAAAAAUGACGAUUAUUAUGCUUUGCUCAAGGAUCUUCCUCACGCUUUGUACAAACUUGUCAGUAAUCCCACUUACAUGUGUAUCAGUUUGGGUGCCGUGAUGGAUGGAUUUCUAUUAACGGCGUUGGCUGCAUUCUUACCAAAAUACUUCGAGUCGCAAUUUAAUCUCAGUCCCGGAUAUGCCGCCAUGUUGGUUGGAGUCAUUGUUGUUCCUGCUGGGGCGGGUGGGACCAUAAUGGGCGGAUAUUUGGGCAAGCACUACCAUCUCACUCGAUCUGGAUCCAUCAAAAUGUACAUCAUCUGCCAAGCCUUGGUGAUUCCACUCUACCUCGGGUUCUUGCUAUACUGCCCUAAUGGAGAUUUUGCCGGAGUGACCACGAGCCAAGUGGGGAAUUUCACCUACCCAGACGUGUCGUUCCGUUCGGAAUGCAACCUGGAAUGUGAAAACUGCGAUAUCUCGAAUUACGACCCAGUGUGCUCCUUGGGGGAUGACGUCACCUUCUAUAACCCUUGCUUCGCCGGAUGCUCAAGUGCAUUCAAUGGAAGUGUCUUUACGGAGUGCUCUUGUGCGUCUCCUUUGUCAGAGCUGAGAGUGGCCACCAAGGGUCAAUGUGAGAGUGGGAAAUGCAGUUAUAUCUACUUCUCACUCUUCCUCUUCCUCCAACUCUUGUUUACAUUUGCCGCCACGAUGCCUGGGUUGGUGGCCAGCUUACGAUCGGUUGAGCUGGCAGAAAGGUCCUUGUCAUUGGGGCUGCAGACCAUUAUGAUCCGUGGCCUUGGAACCGUUCCAGGUCCAAUCAUAUUUGGUUAUAUCAUGGAUUCCACGUGUAUUCUUUGGCAUCAGAAUGAGUGUAAUGGCGAUAAAGGCUUUUGUAUCGUGUAUGAUAACUUUUCCAUGAGCCUCUACGUCAUGGUGAUUGUGAUAACCUGGCGUUUAAUUGGUGCCCUUUUCUUUGGCGGUGCUCUCUAUCAUUCACGUCGUUCUCAUGUGAAGGAGGAAGAGGAUGAAGAUGGGCUGUGAUUAUGAAACAUUUCAAUAAAGCUCUUUCCAUGGCUUAAGCGGA